CUCUCCAUGUAGCCUUAUAUCAGCAUCCACUUGCCUUCUUCCCUCUUCUUAUAACCUUCAUCUUCUCAUGUCAACACUCACCAGCUUUCACAGACAAGCAAGUCUAUUGCUUGGAAACGUAUAGAAAACCUCCCUCCCUGUCACUCAUGGGGAACGCCACAUCAUGCACACCUUAUGCUGUUCCAACAGGAUCCAUCAAGGUCAUUGAUAGCAACGGUGGAGUUGAAGAGUACAUGCACACAGUGAGAGCAGCCGAGCUCAUGGUAGAGAACCCGGGUCAAUUUGUGUGCGACUCAAACUACCUCAAAGUGGGAUACCGAAUCCCCGGUCUUGUGGCCGACGAGGAGCUCGAGCCGCACCGCCUCUACUUCCUUCUGCCCAUGGAUAUGCUCUACUCUGUGCUCGCCGAGGAGGAGGUGGCCUCACUCUCAUGCAAGGCAUCAAAAGCAAUGAGGAAGCGUGGAAGGUCUAAGAACAUUGGAAGAAGAAUCCUUCCUGUCCUCAGUGAAUUCUGCUUGUUCCCUACAGAAGACAAGCCGGUGGCAGAGCGAACGAGGAGUGUCAACAAAAUGUGUGGGAGGAUGUCGAAGGAGCGGUCUUGGACGCCGGCACUGGACACCAUUGAGGAGGUUCCAUGAAUGAAGUGAUGCGGAAGUGUUGGUAUUGCAAUGAAUGGAGUGUUUUAUAUCCUGUUUUCCAAGAAUUCCUGUGAGAUUUUUUAUUUCCAAUGAGGAGUUUUAUUAGUCUAUAUAUGUAAUCUUGAAACUUAACUAACAUUUUCCUGGCUUCAUUUGACUAAGUAUAUAAAGAAGUGUUCCACUGUUGUAAAA